AUGGAUCGGAGGAGAAUGUACGAUAGGCAGAACAGCUCUCCAGGGACGCCGUCCUCGCCGUCCUCGCCGGUGAAUGUGAUAUCGCCGCUGCACCGCCACGCGCGCGCAGGUUCCACCGGCUCCGCCAUGACCAACGUCCGGAGAGCGCAGAACAACGCCACCAAAGCCGCCGCGCAGAGACUUGCGCAGGUUAUGUCGCAAACCGACGACGAUGACGAAGACGAGGACGACGUUCCUCUUGACUAUUCCGCGAUCGCUGGCAGCGGAGGUAUUGGUCUCGGCGGCGGAAGACCAAUGCCAACUCGCUCUCCCAUGGCAGUUCGGAGCGUUCAGGAUGCUGCAUCUGCAAGGUCGCGGUCACCAAUGCCAGUUCGCGCUGUUCAAGAACAACCUCCAUCUGCGAGAUCACGUUCCCCCGCGUCAGUUCGCUCCGUUCAAGAACAACCGCCAUCUGCUAGAUCGCGUUCCCCAGCGUCAGUUCGCAUCGAUCAAGAACAGCCACGAUCUGUGAGAGGCAUGUCGAGUGUUCGAUCAUAUGCAUCUUCAAAUGCUCUAGCUGAGCAACCUCCACCUCGGACACCCACUCUAAUGAAUAACGCAGAGCAACAACCACCUUCUGCUCGUUCAACGCCAGCAAACCGAACCCUAGAAUUGUCUCCCUCCGCUCGCACUACAAUAAUUACACGGUCGCCUCAACCCAGUAGUGCCAACAAUGAUCAGCCUCCCUCUGCUCGCUCAACCUCUGGCCGUCCCAGUGGACUUUCUAAGGUGGUUCCCAUGGUGCCGCCUAGUGUACCUAUUACACUCAGACCAGCCUCUUCUGUUGGUGUUCCUCCCUCUGAGCCUCUUCUUGAUAUUAGAAAAGACAAAAGAUUGUCACUUGAUCUGGGUAGUAUGAAGGUAAGGGAAAAUGCCAAUCAGCAGCAGCGUCCUACUAGUCAUGAGCUUGAGGAUGAGGUAGUAAACGGGUCCAUGUUGGACACUCGAUCUAAUUAUUAUGUUCAUGCAUGCCUUUGA